CUUCCGGCAACAUGACCACUGUAAACGAAGAAAUACAGCGGAUUUCUCUUUAUAAUUUACGACCGCUAGUCUUCCAUGGAUACAUUGCACCAUUCAUGGUCUUGUAUGCCAUAUGGCUGUACGUUUGGGUCACUGCGUAUGGCGUUGUUGAGUAUUUUGAGGCGGGAAUGAUUGCUCUUGCCGGUAUCGGCAUUCUGCAAAUUUUAACGUGUCUAUUUUGCCAUUGGUCGGUCCAUGUGAGAUGCGCCCUUACCUGUAGAUCUGAAAAUGAUCCAAAGAAAGCUGGAGUGGUCAAAGUAGUUCCUACACCAAAUAAUGGCUCUCCUGAAUUGGUUGAACUGCACCAUGAUAAGUAUGAAGAUACAGAACAAAUUUGGUUCACUUUCCAAAAGUGCAAAUAUGUGUAUGAUGCAGAGGAGAAAAAGCAGUUUCUUCCAGUGGAGUUCCCCAUUGACUAUUCUAUUAAGACCUAUAUGGAAUGGAAAGGCUACCAAGAAGAAAGUGAUAUCAAACAAGCAGAGAGGAAAUAUGGAAAGAAUGAAAUGGUCCUGGACAUUCCAAAGUUUUCCGAGCUGUUCAAGGAGAGAGCCACAGCCCCUUUCUUUGUAUUCCAAGUGUUUUGUGUCGGGCUGUGGUGCCUGGAUGAGUACUGGUAUUACAGUGUGUUCACUCUGUUCAUGCUGAUCGCCUUUGAGGCCACACUUGUGCAGCAGCAGUUGAGAAAUAUGGCUGAAAUCCGUAAAAUGGGAAAUAAGCCAUAUCAAGUUCAGGUUUACAGGAAUAGAAAAUGGAGACCCAUCUUAAGUGAUGAACUCAUUCCUGGUGACCUUAUAUCUAUAGGUAGAUCUCAAGAAGACAGGUUGGUGCCCUGUGACUUGCUGUUGCUGAGAGGGCCUUGUAUUGUGGAUGAGUCCAUGCUUACAGGAGAGUCAGUGCCUGUGAUGAAGGAGGCAGCUGAAACCAUGGACACUGACCAUAUACUGGACAUCCAAGUGGAUGGCAAGUUACACAUUCUGUACGGAGGCACUAAAGUUGUUCAGCAUUCUCCACCCAGCAAGACUGCCCCAGGAUUAAAAGCUGGAGACAAUGGCUGCAUAGCCUAUGUUCUGAAGUCUGGGUUCAACACCUCCCAGGGCAAGCUACUGAAGACUAUUCUUUAUGGAGUAAAGAGGGUCACUGCCAACAACCUAGAAACAUUCCUCUUCAUUUUGUUCCUCCUGAUAUUUGCCAUUGCUGCCUCAAGUUAUGUAUGGGUAAAGGGAUCAGAGAACCCAGCAAGAAACAAAUACAAGCUGUUUUUAGAAUGUACAUUGAUUCUGACAUCAGUGGUGCCUCCAGAGUUACCCAUAGAGUUGUCCCUGGCUGUGAACAGCUCUCUGCUGGCAUUGACUAAACUAUAUGUUUUCUGUACAGAGCCGUUCAGAAUCCCAUUUGCUGGUAAGGUGGACAUUUGUUGCUUUGACAAGACGGGGACCUUGACCAGUGAUGACCUGGUGGUGGAGGGAGUGGCUGGACUACAAACCCAAGAGGAGCUGAUCCCAGCCACUGAGGCUCCCAUAGAAACAAUAUGGGUAAUGGCCACAUGUCAUGCCCUUGUGCAGUUGGAUGAUGAUUUAGUUGGGGAUCCCAUGGAGAAGGCCACACUCAAGGCAGUGGACUGGCAUCUUACUAAAGGGGAAGCAGUGGUACCACAAAAGAUGAAAACCCAUGGCCUGAAGAUUUUCCAUCGCUACCACUUCUCCAGUGCCUUGAAGAGAAUGUCUGUGAUAGCUGGUCACACACCAUCUGGGUCUACAGAGACUGACUACAUUGCCACUGUGAAGGGAGCACCUGAGACUCUGAGAUCCAUGUUUUCUACUGUUCCUGAUGAUUACAAUGAGGUGUACCUUGCCAUGGCCAGGAGGGGAGCCAGAGUACUGGCACUGGGCUGGAAAAAACUGGGACAUCUUUCUCACCAACAGGUGCGUGACAUGAGCAGGGAGAGUGUAGACUGUGACCUGAACUUUGCUGGCUUUGUCAUCAUCUCGUGUCCAUUUAAGACCGACUCUAAGUCAGUGGUCAAAGAGAUCCAGCAGUCUUCUCAUCAUGUGACAAUGAUCACAGGUGACAACCCGCUCACAGCCUGCCACGUGGCUAAAGAACUGCGCUUCACGAGGAAAAAUGCCACUGUGAUUUCAACUGCACCAAAUGAUAAAGAUUCAUCUUGGCACUGGCAGUCUAUUGAUGACACCAUACUGUUACCUAUAGUGCAGAACAGCUCCUUUAAAACCUUCACUGAGAAAUAUGACAUGUGCCUGACAGGAGAGGCACUAAAUUAUUUACAAACCAUGGAUCUUAACUUCUUGAAGAAGAUUUUGCCCAAAGUCAAGGUUUUUGCUAGAGUGGCACCUAAACAAAAGGAAUUUGUAGUCACCAGUUUGAAGGACCUUGGGUACGUAACACUGAUGUGUGGGGAUGGAACCAAUGACGUGGGGGCUCUGAAACAUGCCCACGUGGGAGUGGCAUUGUUGUCAAAUGCACCUGAAAGACUUCCAGAGAAGAAAAAGAAGAAGGAAGAGUCUGCCAGACAGGCAGAUGGAGAUGCCAAUGAUAAGGUGUCGCCCCCUGCUGCCCUGAAAGGAAAACCAAUGGGUAGAGCCGCCAAGAACAGAGCCAUUGCCAGAGGGGACAAUCUGGCCCCAGCACAGAAAAAGAUACAGCAGUUGAUGAGAGAAAUGGAGGAAGAGGAAAAAGCCCAGGUUGUAAGGCUGGGCGAUGCCAGUAUAGCUUCACCAUUCACUUCAAAGCUGGCAACCACUAUGUGUGUCUGCCAUAUAAUCAAGCAAGGUCGUUGCACCCUGGUGACCACACUGCAGAUGUUCAAGAUCCUUGCCUUGAAUGCCUUGGUGCUGGCCUAUAGUCAGAGUGUUCUGUAUCUGGAGGGAAUAAAGUUCAGUGACUCCCAGGCCACCAUGCAGGGGCUGUUGCUCGCUGGGUGCUUCUUAUUUAUAUCUAGGUCAAAGCCCUUGAAGACAUUAUCCAAAAGUCGGCCAUUACCUAAUAUAUUCAACUUGUACACUAUACUGACAGUGCUGCUACAGUUUGCAGUGCAUUUUACAAGUUUAUAUGUUCUCUAUGAUGAAGCUUUCAAAGUUAGCCCUCCAAGAACUGAAGAAUUUGUAGAUCUAGAAAAGAAAUUUGAGCCCACAAUACUAAAUAGUACAAUGUACAUUAUCUCUAUGGCCCUUCAAGUCUCAACCUUCGCCAUUAAUUAUAAGGGUCAUCCCUUCAUGGAAAGUCUUAGAGAAAACAAACCCCUGUUGUACAGUCUGUGUAUAUCUGGUGGCGUGAUAGUGGCCCUGGCAGCAGGAAUUGUACCAGAGUUUGCUCAGUACUUUGAAAUAGUAGAAUUGCCUGAUGAGCUGAGGCAGACGGUUCUAAAAGUGAUAGCAGCAGACGUUUUGUGUUCCUUUGUGGUGGACAGGGUACUGCAGUUUAUAUUUGGAGACGCUAGGCUAAAGCAGUAAUCUCGAACAUAUUUAGUGUCACAUCAUUUGGCAGCUGUCUCAAACUUGGUUGAUGAUACGGUUGAUACUGUUGGUGGAUACUAUCUAUUUAUAUAAAAUACUGAUCACAUGUAUGUGCAAAGGUUGUGGUCAUUAAUACAAGUGGAUUUUAAGGUACUGACUUUCAUUUUCAGAUUUUCAUCUUGUAACCACUAUUGCCAUUGUUGAGGUACAAUACUUCAUUGUAUUUGUGCCCACAAUGGAAUGCAUUUUCAGUUAACACAGAUUAUUUUAAACAAAUAUCUUUAUUAAAAAGUUUGUGAAAUUCUCAUUGUCACAGUGGUCUUGCUGAAAAAACAAUUUUGUGCUCUAUUGAUUAAAAUAUAUUGCCUAGAUUAGCUGCAGUAUUCAAAACAAUAAGAAUGGUAAUUUGGGAUAACGACUCUUCAUGUGAGAUUCAUAUUUCACGAUAAAUAACUUGUAAACAACUCAUAGAAAUAUAGUAAAUUCCAUUUUACCACCAAAACCAAUGAUUCUGGAAUUUGUGCUUACCAUUAGACCAUGUGGACCUUCAUAAAUGGCUAUACUUCCGUAACUUGUUAAAUUUAGAAAAAAAUCAUGGGCCCACUUUGAAUGUAGGAGUAGAUUCAUUAACCAUUGGCAAGUGUGGGAAAAUUGUCAAAAGCCUGGUUAUUAUCUACAGGAUGUUCUUUUCCACAAGGCCUAUUUAAAGUGAAAUACUCCAAAGCUAGAUUCGCACACGUCAUUUUAAUUUUCCUUGUGAGAUUUUACCAUGAAACCAAAUCGUACAACAGAUCAAAUUAAAACAUUGUUUACUUGCAAUGAAAUAAAUCUAUGAAGAAAUUAA